AUGGGCACUAGCCCAGCAAACUGCACUGGAUCCUGGUCUAUAAGUAAGGAAUCUCUGAGAAGAUAUGUGUUCUAUGCAAGUCAGGAUCACUUCACACAUUUCGCAGCCGGUGGUUACUUAAGUCAGUCUCUCCUCAGCAAUCCAUUGGAUAAUGCGAUUGAUGCUGCCAAGCAAUGGCACUCUGAUUUAGUAGAAGCCAAAUACUUUAAAGACCUUGAAGAAAACCUCAAUAUAAUCCGCCUAAGAUUUGGAGAAAAAUCGAAGCCCUUAUUCGGAAACAGAGAAUUCAUAGUCUACGAGCAAUGUGAAACCAUGGACGAUGGAACACUUGUAAACAGUUCAAACUAA